AUGGAGACAGCAGUGAGAGUGGAGUCCAGGGUCCUGGUUGGGGUGGCCUGUCUUCUCCUGGCAUGCCCUGCCACAGCCACUGGGCCCGAAGUUGCUCAGCCUGAGGUACGUACCACCCUGGGUCGUGUGUGAGGCCGGCAGGUGGGCGUGAAGGGCACAGACCGCCUUGUGAAUGUCAUCCUGGGCAUUCCGUUUGCCCAGCCACCACUGGGGCCUGACCGGUUCUCAGCCCCAUGCCCAGCACAGCCCUGGGAGGGUGUGCGGGACGCCAGCAGUGCGCCCCCUAUGUGCCUACAAGACAUGGAGAGCAUGAACAACAGCAGAUUUAUCCUCAAUGGAAAACAGCAGAUCUUUUCUCUUUCAGAGGACUGCCUGGUCCUCAACAUCUAUAGCCCAGCUGAGGCCACCGCAGGGGCCAGUAGGCCGGUCAUGGUAUGGGUCCAUGGAGGCUCUCUGAUAACUGGCACUGCCACCUCCUAUGAUGAAUCAGCCCUGGCUGCCUAUGGGGAUGUGGUCGUGGUUAUAGUCCAGUACCACCUUGGGGUCCUUGGCUUCUUCAGCACUGGAGAUGAGCAUGCACCUGGCAACCAGGCCUUCCUAGAUGUGGUAGCUGCUCUGCGCUGGGUGCAAGGAAACAUCACUCCCUUCGGGGGUGACCUCAACUGUGUCACCGUCUUUGGUGGAUCUGCUGGUGGAAGCAUUGUCUCUGGCCUGGUCCUGUCCCCAGUGGCUGCAGGGCUGUUCCACAGAGCCAUCACACAGAGUGGGGUCAUCACCAGCCAAGGGAUCAUCGAGUCUCACCCCUGGCCCCUAGCUCAGAAGGUUGCCCACCUGGCUGGAUGCAACCAGAACAGCACACAGAUCCUGGUAAACUGCCUGAGGGCACUUUCAGGGGCCAAGGUGAUGUGUGUGUCCAACAAGAUGAGAUUCCUCCAACUGAACUUCCAGAGAGACCCUGAAGAGAUAAUCAGGCCACAUUCUGCAAUUUGAAUUAUCUGGUCCAUGAGCCCUGUGGAGGAUGGUGUGGUGAUCCCAGAUGACUCUCUGGUGCUCCUGACCCAGGGGCAGGUUUCAUCUGUGCCCUACCUUCUAGGUGUCAACAACCUGGAGUUCAACUGGCUCUUGCCUUAUGUAAAUGAAAAUCCCAAUGAUGGAAAUCUGCCCUGCUGGACACGCUACAACAAGGAUGAAAAGUACCUGCAGCUGGAUUUUACCAUGAGCGUGGGCAUGAAGCUCAAGGAGAAGAUGGCUUUUUGCGUGAGUCUGUACCAGUCUCAGAGACCUGAGAAGCAGAGGCAGUUCUAAGGGUGGCUAUGCAGGAAGGAGCCAAAGAAGGGUUUGCCCCACCACCCAGGCCCUGGGGAGACUGGCCAUGGACAUACCUGGGGACAAGAGUUCUACCCACCCCAAUUUAGAACUGCAGAAGCUCCCUGCUGCCUCCAGGCCAGAGCUAGAGCUUCUGCCUGUUGUGUGGGACCUGCACUGCCCUCUCCAGCCUGACAUCCCAUGAUGCCCCCUACCUCAAUGUUGACAUCCAGUUAGGCCAGGCCCUGUCAACACCAUACUGUGCCCAGCUCUCCAGCCUCAGGACAACCUCUCUUUUUCCCUUCUUCAAAUCCUCCCACCCUUCAGUGUCUCCUUGUGGCUCCUUCUUAUGGGAGGUCGACCCAGACUGCCACUGCCCCUGUCACUGCACCCAGCUUGGCAUUUACCAUCCAUCCUGCUCAACCUUGUGCCCGUCUGUUCACAUUGGCCUGGAGGCCUAGGGCAGGUUGUGACAUGGAGCAAACUUUUGGUAUUUGGGAUCUUCUCUCCCACCCGCACUUAUCUCCCCCAGGGCCACUCCAAAGUCUAUCCACAGGGAUGUUCUCAAUAAAGAAGUGUUGAUUUGACCUGAAUUUCUCCACCUAUAAAA